CCGCGUCCUGGAGCACGUGGGACCCUAUCUCCGGCUUGUGCAGGCGUGCUUAUCAGCACCUAGCGUGCGACAAGUCUCACAACUGCAGCCUGUCUUCGCGUGCAGUUUUGAUACGCCCGCAAGCAGCAUCGGAACUAAGUUCGUGACAUCAUCGUUCUUCCGGCACCGGGCUGCUAUCAACCAUCUUCUUUACACCCCAGACGGGCGGAGGCUGCUGUGCGCGGGCAACAAUGGCAAUGUUAGCCUUUGGAACGGGACCAAUUUUGAGAAUGAGCUGGGCCCGGGAAUACAGGUACACGAGGCCUCGCCUAUUCGCUGCAUGGUGUUCUCCCACAGCGGCCUGUUCCUGCUGUCUUGCGAUGACAUGGGCCGUGUUAAGUUCUCUAAGCCAACCCUGGAGGUGCUGCAGGUGUAUCACGUUCACAAGGAGUCAUGCCGGUCAGUGAGUUUUUCACCGUCCGACUUCAAGUUUACGACGGGUUCGGAUGACUCCACGGUCCGUGUAUUUGACACGUUCCGCGGACAGGAGGUGUCCAUGACGGGCCAUGGUGGAGACGUUCGUUGGGUGGAUUGGCACCCAACAAAGGGCGUCAUUGCGAGUUGCUCCAAGGACGCCUGCGUUAAGUUGUGGGACCCGCGAGCUGGCACCUGCCUCUCCACUUUACACGGCCACAAGAAUGGCGUGUUCCAGGUCAAAUGGAAUCGCAAUGGCCAUUGGCUCCUGUCCUGCUCUCGUGACCAGCUCGUUAAGCUUUACGAUGUACGAAUGCUUCGCGAGGUGGCAACCUUCGCCGGUCACGGCCGUGACGUGACCUGCGUCUCAUGGCAUCCUCACCACGAGGAGCUUUUUGUGACGGGCGCAAUUGAUGGCAGCCUGAUGAUGUGGCUGGCUAGUCGACCUGAUGCGCAAGGAAUCAUCCCUGCCGCACAUGACGCGAGCGUGUGGACCACCGCCUGGCAUCCGCUGGGGCACGUGCUGGCCUCGGCCGGUGCUGAUCAAAAGUGCCAGUUUUGGUGUCGCAAGCGGCCCGGGGAGAUCUGGCAGGACGUCUAUGGACACGACGCCGUGGGCACAGGGGUAGGCACCUCCGCCGCAGUUGUCAUAGCGUCAGCGAGUGGAAUGCACACGGACGGCGCUGCGAUCAAGCAGGGAGCAGGCCUUUCGGGGCCUUUGACUGGCAGCGGUGUUGCUUCUGUGGCUGUCCCGGGUCUGGGAAUCGCCAGUGGAUCGCUCGGGCUGGGGAGUGUAACCGCCUUUAAUCGGCCCAAUGUCAUCCCCGGCAUUGGAACGGUGCUGGACCAACCUUCGACCACCUCACAGGUCCUUGCGACAGCAGCGGCUCCGGGUGGUAAUGGUAGCAGCGGUGGUGGCCGGGAUGCAGGGGCGGGUGAUGGCUUAGGCGGCGCCACAUGUACCAAACGUGGUCGGGAGGAUGGUCCUCACAGUUCCAUCCGCACCGGAGCCCGAGAGGGUGAAGUUCGUGGGGAAAGCUGGGGGAGCACGGAAUGGGAACGGGGCUCAGUUAAGGUCGCCAGGACAGAUGGGCGGGGGCCCUGCAAGGCAGAUGGUGGUGGCGGCAUGGGUGCGUCCGUGGGUGUUUCACCUGGUGCCAGGGGUUACGGAGAGUAUGUACCUUCGGGCCUACUUGGAUUGUCUGGGGCCGACUGGGGACCCGGACAGACGCACAUGAGGCGUGAGGCAGUGGUGCUACCGUCGCAUUAUACGUCGUCGUACGACAGAGGAUGCGAUCUUGGGAGCCUCCGGCGGGGCCUGGCAUGGAUGGGUGUAGACCCUUGCGACAAGCACGGACGAGGCGCCAUGCAGCAGGGCCCGUUACUUCUACAGGGGGAGAGGGUGGAGCGGAGAGAAGGGGAAGUGUCGCCAUCUCAAUACCCUCGCCCAGAAGAGUCAGUUCCACCGCCAUACAAAUCAUUCGCAUACAGCCGCGGUGGAU